AAGCAAAGUCGUAAAAUUAAAAUCACUUAAACCUGUUAUAAUUGGUUAUAACAAGAUUCCUUCCAAAUUUUUUAUAGCAACCUUCAACAAAAUUAUACAGUUUAAAAAUUGCGAAUCGGAUAAGUUAAAAAUUUUAUUAUGUACGGGUGGUUGCUUGAAAGCGUUCAACACUUUAUUGUGCAAGAAUGUGGCGAAGAAAUAUGGGAGACCAUUCUGAGGGAGGCCGGUGCAAGAUGCUCUGUGUUCAGUGCUACGCAGCAAUAUCCAGACGCGCUGAUGCUCCGCAUCGCCACCGCCUUAGCUGAUCUCGUGUCGAAGAACCCAAACAGCCCCGCAACCUCCACACCGGCCAGUCCAGCUCCAAGGAAGCCCUCCCUCAAGUCCAAGCCUUCCUGGCGCAGCGCGUCUGUCAACGCAGACAACAGAACCCAACACUUUAAAUGCCCAUUCACAGCUACCAACGCCCUGACAGCAGUCACCAAGAAAGAAAUAGAAGCAUACAACUCAUCCGAAGAAAUAAGACAAACAUCACAUAUGACCCGAUCUUCUGAUAGAAUCAAUGAAGGAAAAGAAAUUGAAAUAACAUGCCCUAUGAAUAGACGAAGUCUAGCUAUGAAAUUUGAAGACCACAAGGAGAUUAAAGAAAUUAAGAGUCCAGAAACAGAUGAUAGUCAAAGUCAAGACGAAGCAAAAGCGAUCCCUGCUUGCGAGAUUGGAAGAAGAAACAGUGCAUUACCACCAGUUCAGAGAAAGAAGAGUGUUUCGUUGGCUUUAGAUGUUUAUCGGAGGAGAGGAUCCGGCGCGCAGAUGAGAGCUAGACUCAACAGUAUCAGUGAAGACCAACUUAAUAUAAUGAAAGAGAAGUUUGGUACCCCAGAAAAAGUGAUGCAUUUCUUCGGCAGAUGUUUCGUUAAAUUCUUCAGUAAUUAUGGCUACGACACCAUGAUCCGCGCGACUGGGCGCUAUUUCUGCACGUUCCUGCAGUCGGUGGACAGCAUCCACCAGCGCAUGCGGUUCACGUUUCCACGCAUGCGCUCGCCGAGUAUGCAGCUCACGAGGGCGCACCGUCACGGCGCUGAGCUGGUGUAUAGCAGCGGCAGGAUGGGCUACACGCAUUAUCUUAUGGGUCAACUGUACGAGAUAGCCGAAGACAUCUUCUCGUUAAAGCUAAAGGUUUCGAUCGUGAGGGAAGGAGUGGAAGAUAAUUGCAAUGUCGCGGUCUUAAGGCUGGAGUUUGAUAACAGCGAUUAUGUCCAAUCCCUGAUGUUAAAAAAGUCGCUGCCAUGUCCGCUGCCUCCGGUGCCAGCCUCUCUGCUGCUGCAGCUAUUCCCGUUCGGAGUCUUACUGGACAGGAAGAUGAAGAUACUCAUGGCUGGUGAAAAGUUGGUGGAAGCAUGGGGUGGGCCUGCUAACAGCAUCGCAAAAUCCUCGAUCAAUGAGAUACUGCGGCUAAGGAAACCGAAAAUAUCACUUACUUGGGACAAGGUGGUAUGCAUGCAGACCAUGAUGUUUGAGCUGGAGCUACUGCGGUACCGAGCUCGUAUGGCGGGAGAUGCCAGGCGAGGGUCGCAGGGCGCACGCUCCAUUCUGCUCAAGGGACCAAUCUAUCUUCUAGAAGAAAUUGAUGCGUUAGUCUUUUUGUGCAGCCCUAUUUUCAAUGACUUAGAAGAACUCCGUCAAGCCGGUCUUUACGUUGCGGACAUGAAUGGUCAUGGCCUGUCUAAAUGGAUGCUUCUGGAAGGGUGGCAACAUCUAUCACGGCUGGAACUUCUGUUUGAGAAGGCCGAGUCCAGGUCGUUAUCCCUGGAGAAGUCCUGCCGCCUGCGGGAUCAGUGGAAGAAACGAGGAGACCAACUACUUUAUUCGAUGAUACCGAAAGAUAUUGCUGAUCAUUUGAGGGCUGGGAAAGAUUCUAUGGCUGCUUGUCAGGCGUUCGACAGUGUGACUAUAAUAUUCUGCGGCGUACAACUGUCAGCAGCCGGCACCCGCGCCGACGUCAUGCAGACUGUGGCCUACAUCAACGACAUCUACUCCAAAAUUGAUAGGCUGCUGGACUCUCACAGAGUUUAUAAGGUGGAGACCGUAGGCACAGUGUACAUGCUGGUGUCGGGCGCUCCGGAGCGGCGCCGCGCGCACGCCGCCUCGGCCGCCAGCGCAGCCCUGGCCAUCGCUAGAGCACUGCCUAAGCUUACUAUUGGAAUCCACUCCGGGCCGUGCGUGGCAGGCGUGCUAGGGCGCCGGCUGCCGCGGUACUGCCUCGUGGGAGACUCUGUCAACACCGCCAGCAGAAUGCAGACCUCUUCCGAACCUGGCCGUAUACAAAUAUCCGCUCAAACAGCGAACGAGCUGCCUGCAGGAAAAUUCAGAUUACGACGGAGAGGGCUCAUAAAAGUCAAGGGAAAAGGAAUGAUGGAAACGUUCUGGCUGGAGGGUGAGGUGGAGGAGGACAACCAAGAUGAAGCCUUGCAAUUGUUCUCUGCGCUCUGUGGAGACAACUGAACCGUUCUCACAACUGAAGCACCGGCCAGUUAUAUACCUACUCAUAUCGAAGCUACUCAUUCAUAAUACUCAUAAUAAUUUAAUAUAUGUAGUUGUAAACUGUUAAAAUAAGAAAAAAUUGCGAUAACUGUCGUUAUUUUGUUUUGAAGUAGGUAAGAAAAUAAUCUUUUAAACUGGCGCUUUGUGACCUCUGCCCUUUACAUAAUGAGCAGUUAUUUCAUAUUAUAAAAAUUAAUAAGCGCGAUUUAAACGCCUAUACUUGAUGUUUAUCAGUCAACCAAUAUGCAGCAAAGAUUUUUAAGUAUUUUUUGUAUAAAAAAAACACACACAAACUAACUUUAGGAUGUGUUGGCAAGUAAGUUAAAUGUUUCUAAACAUAUUUUUAUAAAAUAAAAUAAAAACUAGUCUCUAAAUUAUUAUAAGUAGAUACUUUAUUAUAUUUAUUUUUUUCUAAAUAAAAUGCCUUUUAACUGAAUAUCAUAAUUUAUUUUAACAGACAAAUAAAUUCGAUUUUUUUGUUGUUUUUCGUAUGCUUUAUACACAGUGUACGUAUUUAUAAUUAGAUACAAUAAAAUAGUAAUAACUAUAACAUCAUUCGAGUGUUACUUUACAUCCCUCACAAACUAUUUCUGUGCCCACCUCUCUAGGCAUUACCUUCCUACCGUCUCUAUGCUA